AAGUAAACAGGAUUUUUGUCACACGACAAAGAAUUCCGAUUCCCUUCCCCCUACUACAACUUGAAAAAGAUAGAACUUACUCUUGUUUUUAAUCACCUUUGUUCUCAGCCCUUUUUGUUUUUACAACUCGACACGAAUCCGACUUGCUGUACCACCACCUGCUCUUCAUUUGCUACGCUCCUCGUCUAGGAAGUGAGAAAAUCCUCUACGUACCAGGUGGAUUGCUUUUUCUUGCAACACUUCCAUUCUUGUCACAAAACCCAAGCCCCUGUGCAUCUCUACUUCGUGCAAAAACAGAGACAAAAAUGUCCUGGGUCGUGUUGGCGCCGGUGUGGUGGGUUUUUCGCAAAAUGGACGAAGUUGUCGAUGAGUACACCGACCACAGCGGUAGCUAUCCACUCCUAGUCCAUCCUUCCAUUUUGUGAACAUACAAUUCCCAGGUUUUUCAUUUGAAGCUUAUGUGGUCUAUUACUAUUGUGCAUGAAUAUACUUACUUAUCUAUGAGAAGUCAUCUUGCUCAGUGGCCAACAGAAUAGAUACUGUACAACUCUGGCGUUGUCCGCAUACUCUAGUGUUGAAGGCACAGAGGUGCUACCAAGUUUUUCGGAAGUCAAGGCUCUUUGUGUAAGUAUGCUUGGUGAUGAUCAUGACCACAAUGGGGACUGAAAGGAUCCCGCUUGCAAUUGCGGACCCUGUAGUUUGUUUGAGGAAUUGGAUAUAAAUGUAAGGCCAUUUUGGUUUUGCUGGGAUAACCCUGAGGAAAUCGACAUGAAUGCCCCGAUCAGACUGGCCCGGCAGGAAGAAGAAGAAGAUGAAAACGCGAGGAAGUGUUUCUCGCGCUGUGGACGAUUUAUUUCCUUGCGAAUGAUGAUUCGACUCACGCUCUUUCUCCUCCUUACUGUUCUUGGUGCGCUUUUUUAUCUUUUCCUGUACUCGUCCGGCCAUAAUGUUCAGACGAGUUGCGCAAACGAAGGAACAGGUUGGCCGUGGUGCUAUCUUUUGCAACAAAAAAGCUCCACUGAGUCGUGGUCCGGUACUAAACGUGAAGACGCACAAGAAGCUGGUACGUCGAGCGGGGAUCAUGGUACCGUGGGCGGCCAGCAAUGGGUGGGCGAGCGGGCACAUGUUGACAGGGAUCCGCAGUAUGACUUCGUUCCGGAAGGGACGGAGAUGGACCACAAGAAGAGCCCGGUUCUGACUGGGAAUGGUGAUCAUAUGAAGCAUCUGCCAAAGCGUGAAUCUGAUCGCCAGGCUCCACCUGCAACAAUCAAAAACGGGGAGGACGGAGGCAGUAGCCUCCCGCGGCCGCCGAAGAUCGCACAGGACGCAGCUACUGCUGGCGCCACUUCGGCUGGGGGGGACAAAAAUAAACAGCACGGAAAAAUGGCGCCGAAUUUUUUAGACGAAAACGCAUCUUCCAGGACCGGGAGACCAUCAAACCGGGGCGGAUUCGGGGAGCUCUUAAAAAAUGCAGCUCCGGAUGAUGAAACGCCGGCGGGAGAGAAGGUACUAAUUGAUAGUGAUCCGUAUGAAUAUGAGGAAAUCAAUUUCGAACUGUGUCACUGUUUUAAGCGAAGCCAAUCAAUCUCGGACUUCAUCGUCCUCUUUGUCGGUGAUUUCGUCCAAAAUUAACAAACAGGCGACCCCAGCACAAGAACCAGGCUCGGAUCUGCAGCUCGGAAUCCCGAAUACUGAGGAUCCGGGGGAGGGAAAGCAUCAAAAGCCGCACGAUCAAAAUGUGCUCGAAACACACGAGAACCACGGGGAGACCACGAGCGAAGAACGACCGCAAAUGAGCCAGGGCUCUCAGGGACUCCAGCGCGCUGGGGCAACUUCAAGUGCUCCGGGGAGGUCUGAGUUUUCCUCGGGCUUUUUGGAAAUUGUCCGACGUCAUACUGCUUGUUUAUUUCCUGCUGGUUCUUCUAGCUCGUCGGAAUCGGUGGAUCCAACUACAGCAACACAUGAAGAAAAAGAAAAAGAAGCAGAAGAAGCGCCAGCAUCUACUCCACGAGCAAUGACGUAUGAGGAGGGCGUCCAGAUGCUGCAGGAGCUGAUCGUUGAGGAAGUCGGAAAAGCUGACCACAAAGCCGAAAAAAAGGAAACAAAAGAAAAGAUGGGUGACCUGUUCCCUAAGACCAUCCAAUUCCUACGGAUGGAGGACACCAAAAAGAUUUUUCUGCUAUGGGGCCAGUACAAGGCUGAGCUACAUGAUCAACCGGCGGAAGCUGCGAAGAUGGAACGAAGAGAAGGUGACUCGACCUGGGAUAUCGUCCAACGUGCGUUGCAAGGGGGGGGGGAGAAUGCCGCCGACGGUUUGCGCCGUCAGGGCCAGUUCCUGGCUCUCAGUGGGACAAUCGCAACGACGUUCGUGGACAGUGUCAGCAAGAGCCACGAAGAACAUCUGGAUCAACUUGAAGGGAUCACUGCUGUCCUGAAAUCAAAAGACGGACAAAUCCUCGCGUUUGGCGAUCGUGGCCUUCUCACAUGGUAUGAAAAUGCUCAGCGGCAACAUGCUGGGAAGUAUCGGAUUGUCAAAGGCGACGAUCCAGCAGAGCCAGAUGGAGAAGAUGUGAGGUCCCUGUACCAAAAUGAAAAACUUCGCCUCCGCCCCAUAUUCAAAAAGGAAUUUCUCGUUCCGGAUUUGCGUACACAGAUGAAGUUGUCAUGUCAGAACGUAACAGCUACGGCGAAAGCGAAUACAUAAGGCUGCCAGGCAUGGGAAAGCGCUCAGCAGGAGUCCAAUGCCUGUAAGUGCAGCUCAACAGGAGUCCACUGCUUUGCGUGGAAUAUCAUGACAAAUCCCCAGAAAGCCAGGCAUCGGCUGCGUCUCUUUGCCUUCUAUUGUUUAAUCAUACGAAUUCAAUAAUAUUUUUGGACACAAAUGAUCCGAGAAAACCGGCUGGCCUGAUCCUGAUAGCGUCCGCGCUGGAAGGAAGCAGCCGCGCCCGUAUGCGCGCGGCCGUUUGACCAUCCGCCUUCAACCGGGAACCUUGGUCUUCUUCAGGCUGGAGGGAAGAGUAGCACGUAGCAGCCCGCCAAGGGACAUACUACCAGCAUCAUCUUCACGCAUGAGGGGUCUCCGCGUGAAUAUGGGGAGGGGGGAUUUUUGUCGCAAUACCCGGGCAAAACUAGUGCCGCUGACUUUAAUUACCGGGUAUUCCACUUAUAUGACCAUGGUCAUUGCAGCAGCUGCACCACCAGCAGAAUUGGGUGAAAUUGGCCGAGGACAUGUUGACUUGCGGAAAGUCGCCGACAUGAUCAUGAGUGAACACGUACUAGAACGAACUUGCCUAGCCGGUGCCGAAAGCGAGGCAAAAAAUCUGCUAUCCCUAGAACCAGGGAGUCAGAAUGUUCCCUCGUGGAAACAAGAACUCGGGCAAUUUCUCCGAGCGGUCGAACCCGAUGCACAUGUUGAGAAGAAGGCGGAGCUGCAAAUGCCUCACCGCGCUGCACUACCUCCAAACGUGGUGGGGUCGUCACCUUCGUCCUCCUCGGCCGCAGCCGCGUCGUCUGCUGGGGAUUCACUGCGACCACACGAAACACCGAUCCCUGAUGCUGAUGGGCUCUCUCUUUCCGAACCAUGGAGAACGGCCGAGCCGGUCGCUCCCGGAGCGCCAGGCUCGGGUCUCCCCGCAGCAGUAGCCCCGCUUCCAUCUUUCGUGGCAGGAGCGGCAGGACGGCGACCUGCAGGAAGAGCAACACCAGGAGCCGGAGGGCCAGCUGGGCCGCCUCAAGAAUCGCAGCGGCUUCUCCUGCAGCAACGCGGCCAGGAGCCUUCCCCUUCGCACAUCCCAACCAACCGCGCAAUCGGCGGAAUAAACUCACGCAACGAGGCGCAAGGGGGCCGUGAAACGCAAGGGGUGGCACCGGGGGAACUUGGCAGUGCAGGCGCGAAUGGGCGGAAAGCCGGUGGCGGGUGCUGCGAUAGUUUUCUCGAGCACAAGCCGGCAGUUUCCAAAGAGGGACAAGAUACGAAGAAAAAGCUUCAGCAGGGAAGAGACCCGGAUGGGGAUGAUGAGUUUCUCGAACACAUGGAUGACCCAGACGACGAAAGACUCGACCAAAAUCAAGACUUUCGAGAACUGGAACGAAACACGACCGAGGAGCCGUCCGCGUUUGCUUCCAGCUUUUUAGCUGCUGGGUUGUGCCCUUCGUCGCCGGUGGAAGAACCGGAACCCCCUGCCCCUCCAACACCGCGCCAGCCUCGCCCAGUAGUUGUAGUAAUACGAGCUGUAGCCGAUAAGUACGACGAUGAACUUGAGCAGGUCGCCAAGACGGAACUCGACGAUGAUUUUUUGACUGCGGUGCAAGUCCUUGGAUGGAAUACAGCUAUCUCAACUCAUCCGAAAAAUCUCAGCGUUGACAUUUCAACCCCCAACGCUGGGGAAUUUAUCUCAACUGCCGGCACCUCGGUGCCUCCAGCUGCAUUGGUUUAGGGCUUCGGGCUUGGGUUUGGGGUUUAGGGUCGUCGCCGGCCGGCGGCGGCUGCCCGCCCGCAGAGUCUCUUCUCGCCCCCUCUUCUUGUGCGCGCCCUGUGGCCUUUGUUUUUUGGCCGUGCACGCGUCCGCACCUCCGCGCCCGCGCUUGUCUGGCGUUUCUUCCCGCCGACCCAUUCGCCAUCCCACGGCAAUUGCUCAUGAUGAUGAUCCGCAUGCGUGACGUGGGUCGUUGAGAUUAAUUUUUGGGAGUGGUUGAGGCCCUCGGGGUCGUUGGGAUCGAAGCGUUGAGAUAAAAGAAUUGAGAUUCCUGUAUGCCAUCCCAACUCCUUGAUUCCGUCUGUCGACGAAAAUUGCUGCAAUUGACUCACGAUCGGCAAGGAAACUUGCUGAAGCCUGAAGAUGGAGAAACGACGCUCGAAGCCUACUUCCCGACGCUGUUUGAAUUUCUCCGCCACGAGGACACUAGAUCGAUUUUUCGAUUGACUGGCCAGCUGUUCGCGGAGGCGGAGAGAGGCGGAGAGGCGGAUGCAGCUGCAGCUGCGAUGCGCAGAAAUGCAGGGAAGGAAGCGCAAGGACAUGAAGAAGUUGAUGGGAUGAAGUUCCAAAAUACUUUACAAAAAGUGUUUGAAAAGCUCGACCCGCUGUCGCCAAAUAUGAGACAAGAUGAUUGCGAAUCGCAGGUGUGGCCCUUGUUUUUAGAAAAAGAUAUGCGCGGGAAAGGCAACGGCGCGUAUCAAACUAACUGGAUCGGCCGCCUGUGUGUCGCGGCUACAACGUUCGCUGCGAAGCUGCAAGAGGCGCCCAGCAUGGAGGACAGCGUCGCCGGCAUCGGUGAUUUUCUGCGGAGUAGUGAUGGCAGAAUCCUGUUUCGAAGCUACGGCUUGCCGUAUUUCAAUGACAAGUGUGGAAAGGAUCUUGGCGAGGAAACCAAUGGUGGAGCAAGCGACUAUGUUGACUGUCCGCUUCGGGAACUUGGUGUCCGCAAUUCGAGAGUUAUGGUGCUGUAUACCAUGGCACAAAUGAUCAUCCGCGUACUAAUACGGCUGCAGGUGCAGAAGCACGCGGAAAUCGUCGAAGAAUGCAACCACGACCGCGACCUCGCCAGACAACUUGCAACCGAAUCCUUUUAUCGUGCCUUCACAGCGGCCACUACCCCGUCUUUGGGUUCCGAAGAGCCGGUCCGCCGGCAGUUGAGAUGGCUCUUAGCUGCGAGAAACGAUGCGCUUAAACAAAAAGACGCUCAGUCCAAAAAUGAAGACCAGACAGCAGGAACGACCCCUACCACCCCCUUUCGCGUUGAAGACGGUUAUCUGGGCCAGCUGCUCGGUUUCUGA